AGAACCCACGGUUGCUGUUGAAAAGCCUGAUGCCAUGCUGAUUCCUGAUCCUUAAACCACCUCUGAGGUUCUGCAUGGCUCCUCCAGUCUGGACUCUGGUGCUGUUGGUGGGGGCUGCCUGGGGCCAGGGCCACAUGCCUACCCCUGUCAGGAAAGAGAAGCCUCCGGACUGGAAGCCAGGUGACCGCAGCUCUACGGAUAACUCUAUUCUCACCCAGUGUGACUUUGAGGAUGACGCCAAACCCCUCUGUGAUUGGACCCAAGAGUCCACAGAUGACGGGGACUGGAUUCGAACCAGUGGGCCCUCCCCCACUGGCAGCACCGGUCCCCCCGGGGGGUACCCCAAUGGAGAGGGCCACUACCUGCACAUGGACUCGAACACCUUCCACCGUGGCGGGGUGGCCCGCCUACAGAGCCCCCCACUAUGGGUGCAAGGUCCCCUCUGUGUGUACUUCGCCUACCACAUGUUUGGGUUGUCGUGGGGAGCCCAGCUCAAACUGCUGCUGCUCAGGGACACCAAGAAAAAGCACCCCAGCCUGCUCUGGAAACACAUUAACACCCAGAGGCCCUCCUGGAUGCCCACCGCUGUCACCGUGCCUAUGGGACUUGUCCUGCCCAGCCGGUUGACGUUUGAAGGAAUGAGGGGCAGCACGGCAUACCUGGACAUCUCUCUGGAUGCCAUCUCUAUCCAUCGGGGUUCCUGCAAUCGGGUCUGCAUGAUGCAAACGUGUAGCUUCGACAUUCCAAAUGAUCUCUGUGGCUGGAGCUGGAUCCCGACAGCCUCUGGUGCUAAGUGGGUUCAGAAGAAAGGGCCGUCCAAGGUGCCAAACGUGGGGCCUGAGGAUGAUUUCUCUAGCCCUGGUAGUGGCUUCUACAUGCUCCUGGACCCCAAGAAUGCAAAACCAAGGCAGAAAUCUGUCCUCCUGAGCCCCCUGAGACAUUCCUCUGGCUGUAUGAGCCUGUCCUUCCACUACAUCCUCCGUGGCCAGUCACCUGGUGCAGCCCUCAUCAUCUACGCUGCCAUCUUGGGCAGCAUCCGGAAACACACUCUCUUCUCAGGACAACCUGGACCCAACUGGCAGCCUGCUUCCGUCAAUUACACAGGCCAGGGACAAAUUCAGUUCACCGUGGUGGGUGUGUUUGGAGAGACCCCAGAGCCAGCUGUGGCAGUGGAUGCAAUCAGCAUUGCUCCCUGUGGGGAGGGCUUUCCUCAGUGUGACUUUGAAGAUGAUGCCCAUCCCUUCUGUGACUGGGCCCAGGUAUCAGGGGAUGGCGGACACUGGACCCGAGGAAAUAAAAAUAUCCACAUCCGGGGUGCAGGCAAUUUCGGUGUCUUUUUUUCCCCUGAAGGUCCCUAUAUUUAUGUGGAGGCUAACAAGUUCUCUGUGGCAGGCCAGUCUUUCAGACUGGUGAGUCGGCCCUUCUGUGCCCCGGGCGCGAUCUGUGUGGAGUUUGCCUACCACAUGUAUGGCCUUGGAGAGGGCACUAAGCUCAGUCUCCUGCUGGAGAGUCCUGCGGGCAGUGCCCCAUCUACUCUCUGGCACCGCACUGGGUCUCAGAGUCCCAACUGGCUGAACGCCUCUGUCACCAUCCCGUUGGGGCAUCAACAGCCCAUGCAGCUGAUACUUGAGGCCAUCCGGGGUACCAACACUGCCUUUGUUGUUGCUGUGGGGUUUAUCUUGAUCAAUCACGGGACUUGUCGAGGACCGACAUCCUCUGCUGUUCCCACAGAAAAAAACAUGGCCCCCACAGAAAAACACACCUUCCCAAGUGAAAUAGCCACUGUCCCCACAAAAAAGCCUAUGGUCCCCUCAGAAAUACCUAUAGUCCCCACAGAAAAACCCACCAUCCCUACUGAAAGGACCACCAUUCCCACAGCAAAACCCACCAUUCCUGCUGAAAGGUUCACUAUUCCUACAGAAAAACUCACUGUGCCCACAACAAAACCCACCAUCUCCACUGAAAGUUCCACUGUCCCCACAGAAAACCCAACCAUUCCUGCAGAAAAACCCACCAUCCCUACUGAAAAAACCAUGGUUUCCACUGAAAGGCCCACCAUCCCUACAGAAAAACCCACCAUCCUCACUGAAAAGACCACCAUCCUUACAGAAAAACUCACUGUCCCUACAGAAAAAACCACCACCCCCACAGAAAAUCCCACCAUCCCCACUGAAAAGACCACCAUUCCCACAGAAAACCUCACCAUCCUCACAGAAAAACCUACUAUCUCCACAGCAAAACCCACCAUUCCCGCUGAAAGGUUCACAAUCCCUACGGAAAGGCCCACCAUCCCUACGGAAAAACCCAUCAUCCCCACUGAAAAGACCACCAUGCCCACAGAAAAACCCAUUGUCCCUACAGAAAAACCCAUCAUCCCCACAGAAAAAUCCACUGUCCCUACAGAAAAACCCACCAUCCUCACAGAAAAACACACUGUCCCCACUGAAAAACUCACUAUCCCCACUGAAAAACUCACCGUCCCCAUUGAAAAACCCACUGUCCCCACUGAAAAGACCAUGACCACCGUCCCCACUGAAAGACCCACCAUCCCCACUGAAAAGACCACCAUCCCCACAGAAAGGCCCACCAUCCCCACUGAAAAGACCACCAUCCCCACAGAAAGACCCACCAUCCCCACUGAAAAGACCACCAUCCCCACAGAAAGGCCCACCAUCCCCACUGAAAAGACCUCUAUCCCCACAGAAAGACCCACCAUCCCCCUUGAAAAGACCACCAUGCCCACAGAAAAAUCUACUGUCCCCACUGAAAGGCACACAGCUCCUACUACACCCCAGCUGAGUCCAACACUUGUACCAGUUGGGCCAACAGUCUUGGUGAUGCCUUCUACUACUGCUCCAAGUACCUCUAUGACCACUACAACCCCUAGGCCUACUCCAGCGAAGUGCCCCCCAAAUGCCCACUACAAUCCCUGUGCCUGCCCAGCAUCCUGCGAGAGACCUAAGCCCAGCUGUGGGCCCCUUUGCAAACCCGGCUGUGUCUGCAAUUUUGGCUUUUUGUUUCGUGAAUCCAACUGCAUCAGAGCCUCUUCCUGUAACUGCUUCUACAACAACAAAUCCUAUAAGCCUGGGGCAGAGUGGUUCAGCUCUAAUUGCACAGAACGCUGCCACUGCAGGCCUGGCAGUCAGAUAGAGUGCCACCUCGCUCGGUGUGGGACAAACACGGUGUGCCAGCUGAACAACGGCCAGUACGAAUGCCAACCCUAUGGCACUGGCACCUGCGCUGUCUAUGGAGACCCGCAUCAAGUUACCUUUGAUGGGAGGCACUUCAGCUUCUUGGGCAAAUGUACCUACAUCUUGGCCCAAACCUGUGGCAACUCAACAGAGCCAUUCUUCAGGGUGGCAGCUAAGAAUGAGGAUCGAGGACAGAAAGGCAUGUCCUACCUGAGCAAAAUCUACGUGACCCUGCCUGGGGUCACCAUCACACUACUCAAGGGCAGGGAAACACUGGUUGGGGGUCGGCAAGUCACACUCCCCGCCAUACCUUCUAAAGGCAUCUUCCUGGCUUCAAGUGGCCGAUUUGUGGAGUUGCAGACGUUUGGUUUGCGGGUGAGAUGGGAUGGUGACCAGCAGCUGUUUAUGAAUGUGCACAGCACCUACUCUAGGAAACUCUGUGGCUUCUGCGGCAACUACGAUGGGGACAGUGGCAACGACAACUGGAAGCCAGAUGGCACGCCAGCACUGAACGCAGAGGAGCUGGGCAACAGCUGGCAGAUGGCGGAGGACGAGGACAAGGAGUGUCCGAAGAACACGACAAAUCCUUCGUCUUGCAACUCGGGUUUUCUGAACAGUCUGUCGGGACUCCUGUACUGUGGACGGCUCACGGACACCCACGGAGCCUUUGAGGCCUGUCUGCCUCACCUCAAGACCUCUCGGUUCUUCAAGAACUGCAUUCUUGACGGGUGCAAAUCCGAGGGGCUGCAGUCAGGGCUGUGUCUCCACAUGGCAGUCCUGACCGAGAUCUGCCAGGAGGCUGGCUACCCAGUGAAGCCCUGGAGGGAACCCCAGUUCUGCCCUCUGACCUGCCCACCCAACAGCAGGUACACUGUGUGUGCCAGGCCUUGCCCUGCCACCUGCCAUUCCGGGUUCUUCGGCAUGUCCUGCCAGGAACGGUGUGUGGAGGGCUGCGAGUGCAACCCGGGCUUCGUCCUCAACGGCCUCCAGUGUGUCCUCCCAUCCCAGUGUGGGUGCCUCGAGCCCACAAUGGGCUACCUCAAGGUAGGGGAGCAGUGGUUCAAGCCAGGCUGCAGAGAGCUCUGUGCCUGUGAGGGCAAGAAUAGAAUUCACUGCCGACACUGGAAGUGCCAGUCCCAGGAGGUCUGUGCUCAGUACAAUGGUACCUAUGGCUGUCAUGCCCGAGAGUCUGCCACCUGCGCUGUCUCGGGGGACCCCCACUACUUGACGUUUGACGGAGCCCUGCACCACUUCAUGGGCACCUGUGCCUAUAUCCUGACCCAGCCUUGCCAGCCUACGCCCCUAGAGAACUUCACGGUGAGCACCACCAGUGAGUUUCGCAGUGGAAACUUAGAGGCCUCCUACGUCAGAGCUGUCAAUGUGCAGGUCUUCAACCUGAAAAUCUCACUGAUCAAAGGCUACAAGGUCAUGCUGAAUGGUCGCCGGGUGGCCCUGCCUCUGUGGCCUGCACAAGGCCGGGUGAGCAUAAGGCCCAGUGGCUCCUUUAUCCUCCUCUACACGGACUUUGGGCUUCAAGUACGUUAUGACGGGAACCACCUGGUUGAAGUGACUGUGCCCUCCUCAUAUGCUGGCCAGCUCUGCGGGUUGUGUGGCAACUACAACAACAAUAGCCUGGAUGACAAUCUGCUCCCCAACAAAAGGCCCGUGUCUGGCUCUGCCUACCUGGGGGCCGCCUGGAAGUUACCUGAGUACUCUGAACCAGGGUGCUUUGUGAGGGGUGCCAAGCCCUUCAGAUGCCACAGUGCCAGUGAAGCAAACAGGUGGCGAAAGGGUUGUGAUAUCUUAAGGAGCUAUAGGGGACCCUUUUCCCAGUGCCACAGCAUGGUGUCUCCCCAGUCCAGCUUCGUCAGCUGUGUGUAUGGUCAGUGUGUGACCAAGGGCGACCCCCUGACCCUGUGCCGCUCCCUACAGGCCUAUGCAUCCCUGUGUGCCCACGCUGGCCAGGCCCUCAGCUGGCGGAAUAGCACCUUCUGCCCUCUGAAGUGCCCUUCUGGCAGCAACUAUAGCCACUGUGCCAACCCCUGCCCUGCCACCUGCCUCAGCCUGAACACCCCAAGAGACUGCUCAGCAGUACUGCCCUGUACCGAGGGCUGUGAGUGCCAGAAAGGCCACAUCCUGAGUGGAACCUCCUGUGUGCCCCUCAGCCAGUGUGGCUGUGUUGACCAGGAGGGUUACUACCACCUGGUCGGAGAGAGCUGGUACACAGACAACUUCUGCUCCAGGCUCUGCACCUGCUCCACUCACAACGUCAUCUCCUGCCACCAGACCACCUGCAAGACUGGCCAGUUGUGCCGGCCAGUGGAUGGGUUGCUGCGCUGCCGAGCUUUGGGUAUGGGAGUGUGCCGUACCUCAAACUACUCCCAGUACGUGACAUUCGAUGGCACUCACCAUACCUUCAGGGGCACCUGCACUUAUGUCCUGGUGAAAGUGUGCCACUCCACCAUGGACCUGCCUUUCUUCAAGAUCAGUGGCAAGCACAGGAAGCAGAAAGGCCAGUCUGAUGCUUCCUACCUCUACCAGGUCAAUGUUGACAUCUUCAACACUCAGGUCACCUUGAAAAGUGACACGCGUGUGCUGAUCAACGGCACACAGGUUACCCUUCCCUCGACCACCCAGAUCCAGGGGGUCCGAAUCACUACCAGUGGCAUCUACACCUUGCUCAAUGUUAACAUCGGGCUGCAGGUCAAGUUUGACGGCAAUGGUUUCUUAGAGGUCGAGCUCCCUACAGUCUAUUACCAAAAGGUUUGCGGCAUGUGUGGAAACUUCAAUGGUGAGGAAGAGGAUGAGCUCAUGAUGCCCGACGAUGAACUAGCCCAGAAUGACAGUGAAUUUGUGGACAGUUGGCAAGAUAAGGAGUCUAACCCAAAUUGCCAACAAGAUGACCAGAAGAUCCAAGCAGAAAGGCAGAAGUUAGAUAUAAACUGCAGCACAGCUGACAUAGCGAGAGCCCAAGAACAAUGCCAGGUGGCCUUUGAGGCUCCAGCCUGGGCUCAAUGUGCCACCCAUGUGGUCCCCAGGCGCUUCCUGCUCCUCUGUAUCCAAAAGCUCUGUCGUUUUGGACGCCUGAAGAGCGCCCUCUGUGGGUCUUUGGAAACCUUCGGAGCCGCCUGCAAGGCCAAGGGGCUCAAGACCCCAAUCUGGAGAAACAGCAGCUUCUGCCCUCUGAAAUGUCCCACCCACAGCAGCUAUUCCACCUGCCUUCCUACAUGCUCAGAUUCCUGCAUGGACCAGUGCAAUGGCUCCCAAGUCCCCUCCGUUUGCAAGGAGGGCUGCAUUUGUCAGCCUGGCUACGUGCUCAGUGGGCAGGAGUGUGUGCCCAGGAGUCAGUGCGGCUGCACGGAUGACUAUGGCAGCACCUUCCCAGAAGGUAAGACCUGGAUUGCCGUUCACUGCACCAGAAGCUGUUCUUGCACUGAAGGAAGUGUUCACUGCCAGCAGUUCUCUUGCCCUGCUGGCUCGCAUUGUGAGCCCAAACCGGGUGGCGUUGGCAGCUGUGAAUUGAACAGGUCGGGACAAUGCUCCAUUUACGGGGACCCCCAUUACCAUACGUUUGAUGGCCUUCGCUACCUCUUCCGGGGCCGCAUGACCUACACUCUGAUAAAGACCAUAGACGGGCUCCCUGCUGAGGUGGUGCCUCUGGUCGUGGAGGGGCGCAACAAAGUGUAUUCGUCCUGGAGCCCGGUCUUCCUGCACGAAAUCAUCGUGAUUGUCUACGGCUUCACAGUCCAGCUCCAGGCUGAUCUGCAGCUUGUGGUCAACAACCAGAAAAUGGCCAUCCCCUUCACGCCCAACAGCCACCUGCAGGUUACCAUGCGGGGCCAUCGCCUAUAUCUGACAACCGACUUCAAGAUGAUUGUCACCUUUCAUGGAGGCAAAAACGCAGUCAUCACGCUGCCCAGUAUGUAUAAGAAGCUGGUGCUUGGCCUGUGUGGGAACUUCGAUGGGAACAAAAGGAAUGACUUUAUGCUGCCCAAUGGCACUGUCACUGACAACCUUGUCAGCUUUAGCCACAGUUGGGAGGUACAGAAGAUCACGGGAGGUGAUCUCGCCCGCUUCUCAAGAGCCAUUCAAGAGAAGGAAGAGAAGGAAGAGGAGGAGUUAGGCUUCCACGCAUCAGAAUGCAGCGUGGAGCAGCUGCGGCUCAUCAAUAGCACCCAGGCGUGUACGGUGCUGGUGGACCCCUAUGGACCCUUUGCUGCCUGUCAUCAGACUGUGGCCCCGGGGCCUUUCCAGGAGCACUGUAUGUUUGAUCUGUGUGCCGCCCGGAACCCCAAAGAGCAGGAGGAACUGCGCUGCCAGGUCCUCAGCGGGUACGCCAUCAUCUGCCAGGAGGCGGGCGCCACCCUGGCCAGUUGGCGGGACCACACCCACUGUGCCUUGGCAUGUCCGGCCAACACCGUCUAUCAGAGCUGUAUGACGCCAUGCCCAGCCUCCUGUGCCAACCUGGCAGCCCCCAGGGACUGUGAGGGGCCCUGCGUGGAAGGCUGUGCCAGCCUCCCUGGCUAUGUCUAUAGCGGUGCCUGGAGCCUUCCCCUGGCCCACUGCGGCUGCACCAACAACGGCGUCUACUACCAGCGUGGUGACAGCUUUGUGACUGAGGACUGCUCCCAGCGCUGCACCUGUGCCAGCUCUGGUGUGCUGCUGUGUGAGCCACUGAGCUGCCGUGCUGGGGAGAUAUGCACCCUGGGGAACCUCACUCGAGGCUGCUUCCGAGAGAGCCCGUGUCUACAGAACCCCUGUCAGAAUGAUGGGCGGUGCCAGGAGCAGGGAACCCACUUCACCUGUGAGUGUGAGCUUGGUUAUGGGGGACACCUCUGUACAGAGUCUCGGAAUGUGCCACCUCCCCGAAAACCAGAAGCAUCCAACUUUGCGGCCAUCCUGUUGGGGAUGCUUGUACCAGUGCUGGUCUUAGUGCCUGCCGUGACCAGGGCAUGUGUUUCCAGGAAGAAGAGGGAGAAAACGCAGAGCUAGAGCAGAGGCAGACUGGCAGACACUGGUGAGAACCAUCCCCACCCCAGAACUCCAGCAGCUGGAAGCUGAGUCUGCCUCUGAUACAGGUUUGCUCGCUUUCUCCUCAGAUUUUGUUCUAGAACAUACCCUUCAAGCCCCUCAAGUUUUGAAUUGUCCUCAAAAAAUGAGAGAAAAUAAAAUGUAUUUUUUUUAAUGUUA